AUGCAAUCAGAGCCUACUGCCGUAUCUCAACAUACACCCCCCGUUGACUCAUCCCAAUCCUGCCCCCACCCCAUCCAACAUGGAAAUGACUUCGAUGAUGUUGCAGUCUCUGGCCUCCUUCACUCAGAGGAGACUGGAGACUGUUCAGCACUGGGACCUUUCCCGCCGGGAACCAACAGCGCGCUCUUGAGCGAUAUAGACUCUGCCCCGCCUUCCUCACCUGUCCAACGAGUGAUUGAGUACGAGAAUGCUGGAACCCCGAGCAAGAAGAAAGACGACACGGACUUUCAAGUCUCGUCAUUCGAGGGCCACUCCAACUUGCCCUUAGAGACGCUCCCAAAUGAGGUUCUUACCCACAUAUUGUCGCAUUUACCACCUCAGUCUCUCUCGGCUAUCACGCUGGUAUCUCGCCGAUUUCAUGCGCUAGUCACGACUCCUCAUGCCUGGAGAAUCGCAUUCUCUCGGUUCUUCCCGGGUCCGCAAGCUGCAGACAAUGGGCGACGCGCUCCGACGAACCCCGAGGAUUUGAUAUCCGAUAGACGAUUCUUUGCCAGACUCACCGCGCUAGCAUCGUGGCGCAGCGAGUAUAUCCUACGUACUCGUUUGAUGCGGUCGUUGUCUCGAGGCAAACCCGCUCAGUUUCAACCCUCCAAGAGGCAAGGUGCUGUCCGCUCCGCGACCUCGCGCAAUGGCAGUGCCGUGGCAACAUAUACCUCGCAACUCUUAUUCCCCGUGAGCCAUAUUCACGGAUCCUUCAGCAACUCGGAGAAGGAGCCCAAUUUCAUCCAUGGCGCAUCCGAACAGGGGGUCGCAUCCGCCAGUGAUCCCUCGGCUGUCAAGGUGACUACUUGGGGCAUUUCCGACCAUCAAAUGUUCCGGCACUUCGCGGAUAGCUUCCCCGGUGAUGCACCAUACGGGCUUGGAGCCGGUGAUAUGAUCGGUGUUCCCAACUCUAUGGAUGUAAGUCAGCCAUACGGUAUGAUCUAUGGCGAGGGCUGCCCGCAGGGCCGCAGCUACUUCAUUUCAACCUCGGAGCAGCGCGGUCGCUUCCUUGCCCCCUCGGAGUUGGGCUCUCAUCCUAAGUUGGGAAUUCCUGCCGUGAACAUGAUUACCCAUGCUGUUUGUUCAGUUUGGAUAGCCAAGUCACCCUCAAUUCUCAAGGCGACCGGUGGUCUCAUUGCGAUGAUGACUGGUUCGUCUUCGGGUAUCCUCUCUGCAUAUGCCAUGGGUCCCCACCCGACCUAUGAGAAGAGGUAUGAGCGCGGCCAGGUAACUGCCAAGUGGGUUCUCAGCCCUGGUGUGCCUAUAAUUGGUAUCGCUGUGGAUGAUGGGUAUUCGACUAAACGUCAUGCCCAGCGGCGCAUCUGGGCGGUUGCACUCAAUGCCCUAGGCGAAAUAUUCUACUUGACUGAUCCUCCCAAGCAACCAGAAGUUCCAUCUACAGCUAAGCUGAACGCUGAGCAGUUUGAUGAACUUGCUUGGAGGACUGGUAGAACUGUUCGCUGGGAGCUGGUCGAACUGAGCCGGCGUACCGCACGUCCGGACCCUUUUAAUCGAGAUCCAGUUGAUGGCAGCUAUAGCCCGCGCUCUUCGUCGGAUUCGAUGCUCCUUGAAGAGAGUCAAAUUGCCGCGGAGACCAAGGAGAUCGAGAAAUUCCUCUCUUUCAAGCCGAAGCAUUUCCGCAAGGUAUGUGAAGGAUGGAACAUGCGCUGCGAUCUUCAAGUCGACUUUGCUGGCGAUGAUGGAUGUGGAUACGGCGAAUCAGUUGUAGUGAUUGCCCGUGGCGAAGGCGAGACUGAGAAGGCUUCCGUUCGGCGAUAUGUUCGCGUUGUAUCGAAGGCCGAUCUCAAGUCGUCGCCAUCAGCGCCAGGUGGUUCUACUCCCUCCCUGAACAAAGUCCCCACGUCUCUCUUUGGCGGUCUUGUGACUUCUUCGAGCUCGACCCCUACGCAAAGCUUCCCGCCGUCUCGAUCAUCAAGUCGGUUCGGUGAACAAGUGCGUGCACUACACACUGAAUGGCGGAUCUCGGAUUUCACAUUCGGCGAUCGAAAGUUUGUGGAAGUCACCGCCACCGCGAUCGAUAAUUCGAUGUUUGCGACAGUCAUUGCACAGGAAGACCCGUUGUUGGCAAUGUCGGGAAGUUCUUUCUCCUCCGCCACGUCCUCGCCAAUGUUGCCCCAUAUGGAACAACCGCGCUCGAGUCUCGAGGUUCCCGGUCAGCGUGCACGGUACCUGGCCGUCGGGACUGCUAAUGGUGGGGUCUUUGUCUGGGAUAUCCGUGCUUCUCCUGCACAGAGUCCAGAUGUUAUCAACUCGAUUGCCCCGCUACGAUUCAUUCAAACCGAAUCUCCGCAGGUAUCAUGCGUGGCAUUGACAUCGUUGUACCUGGUUCAUGGCGGCAACGAUGGCCUGGUGCAAGCCUGGGAUCCCCUAGCUUCGUCCACGCGACCAAUUCGGACAGUCAACUCGCGCUUCUCUUCUCGUGCGCGACGCCGAUUGGUACAGGCGGAGGCUUCCAUGCUCGGAGUUGGUAGUAACUACUUUGCGACCGGGGCGAUUUGUCUGGACCCAGAUCCAACCAUCCUCCGUGGAAUGGUCUCACUGGGUACCCAUCUCCGCUAUUGGUCGUAUAGUUCAUCGGGCGCAGAUCAGUACAAGUGUAGCAAACGCCGCCUUCGCCGUUCUCAACGGGGCAGUAAUGGUGCUGCUGAUGGUCAACGCUUCACUACUAGCGGACGAGGUGCUAUUCGCGACUUUAUCGAGGAUGAGCGGAUUGAACUAAAGCGACAAGAAGUUGAAAUUGCAAAGGAAAGAGCGCAUUUGAGUGCUCGAUUCGGUGUCGACCUUCUCGGCCCCGAUAUCGACGAAGAGCAACUUCUGCUUUACGCACAGCUUCUGAGCGAAGAAGCUUACACUGCGGGUGGAGACGUAGCUAAGCGCGAUGGGGUUGAACAGACUGCCAUCGCCAGCUCUGCCACUAGUACCUCCGUGAGCGAUGCUAUCGGGCCAAGUUCCUUCGGUCUAGCCGAGGUGUCGUCAUCUUCUUCACCCUACCAAGACCCGGUAGAGGAGAGUCUUGAUGACGAUCUCGCCGAAGCAAUUCGCCUCAGUCUACUUGAUGAGCAGUCCUCGUUCCCCCCAGAGGAUCUGACACCAUCAAUUCCCAUCAAGUAUGCAAAGGGAGUGCACAGACCCCGCAAUUCAUCACCUGGUCACAAUACCGGACCUGAGAGUAGCCAAAAACAGGAAAUGGAUGACUUGGAAUUUGCCAUCCAGCUCAGUUUGGCCGAGGACAAAAGUCGCGGCGAUGUGACCGGCGAGGAAUGGGAGGAAUUCCCAGCCCUGGCAUCGGGACCGUUGUCGUCUUCUCAGUCCUCUGGCAAGGGUAAAGGAAAGGCGCGGGCGUGUUAA